AGCAGUUCCGGGAAACCCCGCGUGCUGCCGGGAUCGCGUCUCGGUCCAUGAGGGGGGGAGGGGGUGGCGCGCGCGCCAUUUCUAGUCGUUUUCAAAGCGCCUCGCGCUGAUUCUCACGGGCCCGGCCGCCGGCCCCCCGUUCUGCCCUGCAUAAUAAAAUGGCUAAUCAGGUGAAUGGUAAUGCGGUACAGUUAAAAGAAGAGGAAGAACCAAUGGAUACUUCCAGUGUAACUCACACAGAACACUACAAGACACUGAUAGAGGCAGGCCUCCCACAGAAGGUGGCAGAAAGACUUGAUGAAAUAUUUCAGACAGGGUUGGUAGCUUAUGUCGAUCUUGAUGAAAGAGCAAUUGAUGCUCUCAGGGAGUUUAAUGAAGAAGGAGCUCUGUCUGUACUACAGCAGUUCAAGGAAAGUGACUUAUCUCAUGUUCAGAACAAAAGUGCAUUUUUAUGUGGCGUUAUGAAGACCUACAGGCAGAGAGAGAAACAGGGCAGCAAGGUGCAGGAGUCCACAAAAGGGCCCGAUGAGGCAAAGAUCAAGGCCUUGCUUGAGAGGACUGGUUAUACUCUGGAUGUAACCACAGGACAAAGGAAGUAUGGUGGUCCUCCACCAGACAGUGUCUACUCAGGUGUGCAACCUGGAAUUGGAACAGAGGUCUUCGUAGGUAAAAUCCCAAGAGACUUAUAUGAGGAUGAGUUGGUACCCCUUUUUGAGAAGGCUGGUCCUAUCUGGGAUCUACGCCUCAUGAUGGAUCCACUCUCUGGUCAGAACAGAGGAUAUGCAUUUAUCACCUUCUGUGGGAAGGAAGCUGCCCAGGAAGCAGUUAAGCUGUGUGACAGCUAUGAGAUUCGCCCUGGUAAACACUUGGGAGUGUGCAUUUCUGUGGCAAACAACAGACUUUUUGUUGGAUCCAUUCCAAAGAAUAAGACUAAAGAAAACAUUCUGGAAGAGUUCAGUAAAGUCACAGAGGGUUUGGUGGACGUUAUUCUCUAUCAUCAACCCGAUGACAAAAAGAAGAAUCGGGGGUUCUGCUUCCUUGAAUAUGAGGAUCACAAGUCAGCAGCACAAGCCAGACGCCGGCUGAUGAGUGGAAAAGUAAAAGUGUGGGGAAAUGUAGUUACAGUUGAAUGGGCUGACCCUGUGGAAGAACCAGAUCCAGAAGUCAUGGCUAAGGUGAAAGUUUUAUUUGUGAGAAACUUGGCUACUACGGUGACUGAAGAAAUAUUAGAAAAGUCAUUUUCUGAAUUUGGGAAACUGGAGAGAGUGAAGAAGUUGAAAGAUUAUGCGUUUGUUCAUUUUGAAGACAGAGGAGCUGCUGUCAAGGCUAUGGAUGAAAUGAAUGGAAAAGAAAUAGAAGGGGAAGAAAUUGAAAUUGUCUUAGCUAAGCCACCAGACAAGAAAAGGAAAGAGCGCCAAGCUGCUAGACAGGCCUCCAGAAGCACUGCGUAUGAAGAUUAUUAUUAUCACCCUCCUCCCCGAAUGCCACCUCCAAUGAGAGGUCGAGGUCGUGGUGGAGGGAGAGGUGGAUAUGGCUACCCUCCAGAUUAUUAUGGCUAUGAAGACUACUAUGAUGAUUACUAUGGUUAUGAUUAUCACGACUAUCGUGGAGGCUAUGAAGAUCCCUACUACGGCUAUGAUGAUGGCUAUGCAGUAAGAGGAAGAGGAGGAGGAAGGGGAGGGCGAGGUGCUCCACCACCACCAAGGGGGCGGGGAGCACCACCUCCAAGAGGUAGAGCUGGCUAUUCUCAGAGGGGGGCACCUUUGGGACCACCAAGAGGCUCAAGGGGUGGCAGAGGGGGUCCUGCACAACAGCAGAGAGGCCGUGGCUCUCGUGGAGCUCGGGGCAAUCGAGGGGGCAAUGUAGGAGGCAAGAGAAAGGCAGAUGGGUACAACCAGCCUGAUUCCAAACGUCGUCAGACCAACAACCAACAGAACUGGGGUUCCCAACCCAUCGCUCAGCAGCCGCUUCAGCAAGGUGGUGACUAUUCCGGUAACUAUGGUUACAAUAAUGACAACCAAGAAUUUUAUCAGGAUACUUAUGGGCAACAGUGGAAAUAGACAAGUGAGGGCUUGAAAACGAUACUGGCAAGAUACGAUUGGCUCUAGAUCUACAUUCUUCAAAACAAAAUUGGCUUAACUGUUUCAUCUUUAAGUAGCAGUUUGCUGCCAUUUGUAUUCAGCUGAAGAAAUCACUAUUGUGUAUAUACUCAAGUCUUUUUAUUUUUCUUCUUUUCUAAAUGCUCUUGGACAUUAUUGGGCUUGCAGAGUUCCCUUAUUCUGGGGUCACAAUGCUUUUAUCGUUCCAGGCUUCAUUUUAGCUUCAGAACAAACUGUUAAAUCAUGAUUUUGCAGAACCUUUGGUUUGGACAGUUCCGUUUUUUUGGAUUUGGAAUAGAUUACAUAGGAGUAUGAAGUAUGCUGUAAAUAAAAGUACAAGCUAGUGCUUUGUCUUAGUAGUUUUAAGAAAUUAAAGCAAACAGAUUUAAGUUUCCUUGUAUUGAAAAUAACCUAUGACUGUAUGUUUUGCAUUCCUAGAAGCAGGUUAACUGUGUUUUUAAAUUGUUAUAACUUCACAUCUUUUUGAAAUCUGCCCUACAAAAUUUGUUUGGCUUAAACGUCAAAGCCGUGACAAUUUGUUCUUUGAUGUGAUUGUAUUUCCAAUUUCUUGUUCAUGUAAGAUUUCAAUAAAACUCAAAAAUCUAUUCAAAACAUUACCUAUUUCAAAUUCAAUUGUGUCCUAAAACAUUAUUUUAUUCGUAAUCCUUGAAGGAAUACUGUUUUCAAAGUAGAACUGCCUAUGUGAGUGAUCAAAUUCAUGAAAAAUUUCUUGUUUAUUCCAUCAUGUAUUGUGGAUAUCAGAUUUGAGGAUUAUUCUAAAUUCACAUAUUCCAAAUAGCAUUUCAUUGAUUGGUGUUCUCUCUUAAUCUCUUCUAGUUUUGAAAUUUUAUCCUUAAAACAAAACAGACUCAAAGGUUUUUGAACAGGUAUUGGAUAAUUUUCAUUAAAGCAAAAUGGAACUGGAGAAGCAGACUACAAUUUAUUUGGCCCACAAUAUAUCCAAUCAAGAAUAUUUUGUGACUGAAGAUCUUAUUGGCUGAAUAAGUAGAUACAAAUACAGAGAAAACUUAGUAUUGUGGCGUCACUUGUACCAUGGAUUAAACUUCAGUUUUAGUGUUUAUGAUCAGCACCCCUACUUUAGUUACUUACACGAUUUCUUUCGCUGAGUACACUUGCUUUGGGAAGCAGUCAUGCCUUAGAAGAGGCUUUUAAAUAUCAUUAUAGUUGUGUCUUUGGCUUUCUGCUAAAUUCUCUUUAUUUUUAAAUUUUUAUUAUGUCUACUGGCUAAGUUUUUGCUGACCAAAUAAUAGCAUUAUCUAUGUCCUUGUUUCUUUUAGAAAUUAAUUUAUUCUAAUGACUUUUUGCUAAAUGAUAAGAACAGAAUAAUUAAAUUUUCUAUUUGAAGUUUUUUUCCUUUUGGUGCUGGGACUUGAACCCAGAGUUUUGCACAUGUGCAACCACUGAGCUGAAUCUAAUCCCCCUAAAAUGUUUUAAAUUAUAAACCACUGGGGAAUUAAAAUGGAUUCCCUCAUUUUAUGCUUUGUUCCUGUUUGGUGUCUUUUGUGGUCACAGUUUUAGGUAUCAGAAUCACAUGCCAUUUAAUUCCUUGUCGGCACAGUCAACCAUAUUUUCAGUUUCGUGACUUCAUUUUGAAUUUUAAAAGUUUACAAUUGCUGAUGAGAGCCAAAUACCACAUUUUUUUCAAAGUUUAUUUAUAUAGGACAAUAAUUUAACAGGCUUUAAAUAGUCUUAUUUUGUAGAAAUUGAUAAAGGAAUCAUGUGGCCUGUUAUAAGUUAACAUGGGUGUUACUUGGUAAUGUUUACAGUCCAGUUUUUAAUUUUGCUUAUGCCCUUGUAUAUACAUAAAGACAGCAGAUAUUCUUUAGAUGCUGCCUUUAAACUUUGAAAAUAUAAUUCAAAACCUCGAGUGUAAAUUAGACUUAAAUCACCUUUUCUUGGAAAGAAAAAAAUGUACAAGUAAAAAUUUCAUUGCUAGUAUUUUUUUAAAUACAUGUUACAGGCUAGAAAGGUGGCCCAGCAAGUGCUGUCAGACCUGACUCUGUGAGUGUGACACACAGCUUCACACACAAUUAAUUGAUUUUAAAAAUAUUCAAUUAGAUAUUAGUCAUACAAUUAGGAAAGUGAUUCUGAAAAAGCAGUUCAUUGUGCUUCUGUCAAUAACCCUAAAAUACAAAGUUUAGUAAAUCCAGUGAAGCUCAAGUUCCAUUUCAAAACCCUUUAACUAUAUAUUCUAUUUCGAAUUUUAAAUGGGCACUUUAUUUUCUGUCCCUUUCACUAAUUAAAAAUAUAUCUACAGAGAUUUUCUUUAAUCUUUGCUUUAAAAGUUUUUACUUCUUAAAAAUCAAUGACCCCAUUUAAAAAAAUUUGUCUUAGAGCUUUUCCUAUUUGAUGUCAUAGUGUAGUCAUAGUUAUGCCUUGGCAUUCACCAAAAACCAGUGCUUACCUUGUCAUGGGCAUCGGACAAAUGUCAAUCAAGGAACUUUGUAGAUUUGCAGUAGGGAAUUUUGUUUGUUUAUAAGUAAAUAGUCACAGAUUAUGAAUUCUGAGGGAUUUGACCUCCUAUUUGUCUACUUUUCCAUAUAUUUUUUUUCUCCCCAAUCUAGUUAAUGAAGCAUUAUUUAUGAGCCUGUCAGACUAAGUGUUAGGAAGUAAUACCUAUAUUGAGGUAGGCCUCUUUGUAGGUACCCUCCUGACAUUAACAAGUAUAUUCCUUCCCCAUAAUGGAAUGCUAAUUUUUAUUUGAUCACUCAUUUAUAGCAGUUGUUUAAAUGUGUAUAUUUAUAUGAAGCCGUUCUAAUUAAAAGCAAAAAGUUCUAAUAAGUUGCCAGAUUUCUAAUUAAAUUCAGAUUUACCUGAUCAAAAAAAUAAGGAAAAUUAAUUAUGGUUUUAAAGUUCUUUUUUAAAAAAAAUAGCAGAUUUGUGUUUUAUUUUUCUUAGUUGCAGAGAUUAUUCUGCAAAAGAAAGCCCAAUGCUUUCUCCUAGUUAGAGAUCAUUUUUCUUACGAUAUGAACCGUCAUACAAAGGUUAGCAUGCAUCAAAAUAAAUUAUGUAUUUUAAAUUAUAGGAGAGAAGGGACAUAAAAUUCCACUCCUAUCAUAAAGCCUUAUAAAAUUAUUCUUGAAACUCAUUACAUCAUUUGCCUCCUGCCCAUUGAAUAUAAUCAUACCUAUGUUUUAUUAAUUGUGUAUGUAAAACCAAACCCUUCCAGUAAAUACUUGCUAUAAGGCUAUUCCUUGUUCUAAAGACUUAAAAAUUUAUUACAAGUUUGCCUUUCGAAGUCUACUUUCAAAGACAAUCUACCUGUACUGAGCUGUUCUCAGGACAGUUGGCUGUACUUGCUGUUUGCGCUGCUCUCUGAUUUGGAAUUUCCUAAGUGAGCAAUGAAGAGAAAGCCUUAUAGAAAGACUGCACUGGACCUGUGAAUGUGUUUCUGUUUCUCUAAAAUGGGAGCUUCUGUUAACUUAGGGUAGAGUUCUGAGUACGCCAGUGCUCAGGUGACUGCUGGAGAGUACAAAAUAACAGAUACACGAACCAAACAUGUUUACUUUUGCAUUAGAAGUUGGUUGCUCAGGUCUUAACUUUUGAAAUGCAAACAUCAAGUUUUUUAAAAAUUAGUAUUGGUUAGUAAUUUCAUAUUAAUAUUUAAUUUGAAGUAGCUAUUGGUACUCUUUCUGGAGAUUUUUUUCUUUUUAAAAAAUCAUGUUUAUAUGUAUAUAUAUAUAUAUAUAUAUAUAUGUUACUGUUGUUGUAAUUUUGAGGUUACCAGAAGCUCUGGCUUUGUUUUGGUUUUGCUUUUUUAUCAUUUUCAGAUGUUGUCCAGAAAUCUGCAAGUGUUCUUUUCCUGUUUUAACUCCUUCCUUUUAUCACCUGACUAUCAGGGAAGCGAGGUUGAGGCUGCCCUGCCCUGACAUGUCAUGAUGUCGACUUGCUAGGUGGGGUUCGCUGGGGACCAUAACCAGUGGAAUUGUUGGUAAGAACUUUUUUUUUCCUAUUUCUUUUCUUUCCCUUUUUUUUAAAUCAUUAGUGGGGAAUUGUGGGAAAAUGCUGCCCAUAUCUUAUAAGUAGGCAAUUAUGUUGGCCUUAUAGAAAAAUAAAGAUUUUAAAUAGUAUUUGUAUUCUCAAUAGGAACAUAUAAUAAGAACUUGACUCAUUCUUAGAUUAGUAGAUCGGCUGGAAAGACCUACAGAUGUUAAUUAAUGAAAUAUUCCCCGUUAUAACUUAGAAAAUAGAUACUUUACAAUCUAGAACAUCUGUUGAAGCAAUCACAUUUUAUUUUACUGUGAUUUUAGUCUCUGUUGUCUAUUAUAUUUUUAUUGUGUAAGUUAGCAUAUUAGCAUGUAGGGAGAUUUAUUGCGCACUAAUUUUUAUUGAAAAUGAGAAGCUAUUGCCUAGACUAGAGGGUUUAAACUGUAUACUGUGUAUUUUUAUUAAACUUUUUAAAGUUUUAUCAAUUUAAUACAAAAAGGUCUUGGCUUAAAGAUACAUUGAUAAUGGUAAUUUGGGAUCCAUAGGAAAUUUAUAUGGCUGAAGUCUUAAGACCUUGAAUGUGAACGGAAACAUAAAAGUAGAGUGGCUGAUGUAUCUCAGUGAGAGCUCAUACUUAAUAUGUUUGAGGCAUUAAGUUCGGUCCUCAGCAGCUAGCUGUUCUAAAUAAAACAAAAACGCUAUAAGCCUGUCAACUGACAAGAUUUGUAAAUACUACUAGAACUAAUAUUCAAAAUACUAGAUGAUUGCUAAAGUAAAAUUCUGUACUGUAUGUGGUGGUGCUAUCCUUAAUCCCAGCACUGGGGGAUUCUGUAGAGGAAGAUUGUGAGCUCCAGUUCAUUCUAGGUAACGCAAUGAGAAUCGGGAUCAGUGGUGGAGCGCUUGCCUAGAAUUCCUAAGAAUCUAGGUCAAUACCUAGUAGCACAAAAAAUAUCCUUUGGCAGCAACAAUAACUUAUCCCAGCUUAUACUCAGGGAAUUUCAUGAUGAUUACAUAUAAAUUGAGGGAAAUUGAUUUAAUAACUAGACAAAAAUAAUUUCAAUAAAAUUUUUAUCACAAAUUAAAUAUAAUUAUUGGUAUUUAAGUCAGAAGAACUGUCUCGUUAUUCUUGUGGAUCUUAACCUUCUGUUGGCAGUAUCAGUACAGACAGAAUCUGGUAGGUGUUACACAUGUGCUAGUCAGUGUUGUAAGUGUAAUUCUUAGCUCUCAGUUUACUGUAGAUUGGCUAGCUGAGUAUCACAAAUGAAGUCAUACAGAAUAACUAGCAAUUUCAAGGUUGGGUUCAAGUUUUGUUUCUUUGUGUACAUAUUAUGCAUGUUGUUUGAGUGCUAGAAAACAAUCAGGUGUAGAACUUGAAUGCUUGCACUAAAAAAGCAUGGUUCUUGUUCGUGAACAUUGUUGGUAUUAGGAACACUCAGUUUGAUGAGUUUGUGUAAGUUAAGAGAAAUAAAGAGAGCAAAUUUAUUAACCUUAUGCAUUUAUAACAAAAUACACUUAAUGGGACCAGAAAGAGAAUGAGGCAUUGGAAGAACACUUAAAUUGCUCAAAUAAGGGCUUCCAUUUCACUUAGCAGCUGUUUCAGAAUCCUAGAACAUUGUCUAUUUUGAUUUCUCACAGGUAAAGGCCAAAAGAAACAGCCAGAGAAAUUUCUCUGGCCUGCUAAAGAAUAUAGAAUUGUACUUUAAAGAAUUGCUACACUGUUUAGAGUUACAUUCUUGGCUAUUUUUAGAAUUGAACUGAAAAUGCCUACAGACACUAGGAUUCCUUGUGUGCAUACAGUAACAUGAGCUAUGUCCAAAUUGGGAAAUUUGCAAGACAUUUUCCAUUUAAUCAUUUUAAGAAAAACCUGCUUUUGGUACAGUGUUCAUGUACCAUAACUGUAUUGGAAUAUUUGUACAAUGUUAAUAUUUUUAAUAAAAUUUAACAUGUUCAAAAUGUUGUGUUGGUGAUUUGGGUUGGGGUGUCAUGGAUUCAGCUGUGCAAAGCAGAUUCAUUAGCUGUUAAAUUCAGGUUUUUAUAGGAAACAGGCAUUCUUCCCAAAUCCAGUACUAACCUGUUUUACUAAAGCUAGUCAAUGAGUAGCAAUGUAGUUACUUGUACUGAGUACACUGAGUUCUUGAGUACAGCUCUUCCUGGAGGGUACUUAGAGUACCUCGGAUGAGACCUGGACUGAGUAUGUCAGGCAGGAAUGUUCAUUACAGUCUGCCACCAGAGUUUUUCUGAGGAAAUUUAACAACCACAUUAGAAUUGAUCUUAAGAUCAAUUCAAAACAUCUAUAUUGUGUUUUCAGUAUGAUUUUUAGGCCUUGAGCCUGUAAUAAGAUGUAUCACAAAGAGAGGUGGCAAGAGGGGGUAUUUGACAGCUGUGUUGUCAGGUUGGGUGUGUAGUUGAGAAUGCUGCCAGUGAGCAGGAAGUUCCAUGUGAACAGUUCUCUGUGUCUUCAAGUAAGUUUAGUUUCUGUUUUCAUACAGCUCCCAUUCUCUUGCAGGUUACCUUGAUAUGGCCAGUUCUCUUCUGUUAUUUUCCUUGAGGAUAUACUCAUCCUCACCAAUGGUAAAGGUGGAAGUUCUGCAGUUCACAAUGGAGAUUUACUUGAAGUCAUACGGUCAUUCUUCUUUGUACUGUGCCAUUAAUAUAAAAAAGAUAUCUCUAGAGUGAAGAUAGGUGAUAAGUGUAGUUAUAAGAUGAGAACUAUAGGGCCUUCCCUGCAAUCACUGGUUUUCAGUUUACCAUUUUGUUCUUUUUCUGUUAGUUCCCAAGUCAAAAGAUCACUCAGUGAGCCAGCCAGGAAGGACUGUUAGAAAAACAGACAUAACCGAAGCUCUUGCAGAUGUUUUCAUAGGGAGGGCAGCGGCCAGGUAGGUGUGGUGCCAGGCCCUAUCCUGCUUAACUCUGAGAUCAGAUGUGGGCCACAUUUACUCUGGGCUGUCUGUAGGUCAUGUCUGACUUCAUUUAGUUCAUUUGUAAAAGUAUUUUCCUGUGCAGUUGUAUUAUUGAUUUAGAAGAAUAUCUUGUACCUAUAUCUAUCAAAAUACUGCUUUUCUGUUUAGAAAUUUCAGAAAAAUUAGGACUAUGUAUAAAUAUUUCUCACAAGAAACCCUGUUUUUUAAUAUUUUUUAUGUAUACAAUAUUCCCCAGAGGGCUUUGUCUCUGUCAUGGAGAUUAGUUUUAUGGUAUGCCAAGAAUCCUGUAAGUCUGGAAAUUUCAGUUCUUUAGUUGUUAAUAGAUUAAACAAAAUAUGAUUCAAGAACUUUUUAUUUUCUGUUUAAAAUUUUGGGCUUUAGGAGCUGGAGAAAUGGCUCAGUGGUCAAGAGUACUGGCUGUUCUUUCAGAGGACCCAGGUUCAAUUCCCAGUACCCACAUUGCAGCUCACAACUGUCUGUAACUCCAGUUCCAAGAGAUCUGAUACCUUCAUACCAAUACAUAUAAAAUAAAUAAGUUAUUUUCUUUUUAAAUUGGGCUUUAAAAGGAAGUUUGUUUUUCAUUGCUCAAAACGUUAUCCUAAUAAGUCCUGUCAUUGAACCUGUAAUAAUGGGGCUUAUUUAUUUAGCUUUUGUUAAAAUACCUCAGUUGGUUUGAUCAGAAGAACUUAAAUCCCCUCCCAGCAAAUCGAUUUUGAGCCAGGCAGUAUUGGCACACACCUUUAAUCCUAGCACUCAAAGGUGGAGACAGAUCUCUGUGAGUUCAAGGUCAGCUUGUAGGUCUAGAGUGUGCUCUAGGACAGAUAGGACUACCCUAUAGUAGUCCUAUAGAGAAACCCUGUAAUAAAAAAAACAAAAACAAAACAAAAUGCAUUGGUGUGCCUCCUGGUUGGCAGCAAAGUCCUGUUGGUGCAGUGUUCUGGAAGCUACGCCAGGAGGAUCAAAGUCUGAGGCUAUAGAGGGAGACUGCACCCUUCAGACACAAAGAAUAGUAAAUUUUGCUGCUGAAUUUGAUGUUGUUAAUGUGGUUGUGUUCAUGUAUUGAAAUUAUUUGUUUGGUUUUUCUAAAUGGAAAAAGUGCUGAAUGAGCCCAUUUGUUGUAUAUAUCAAAAUGAUGACUGUGUCAUCCCAGCUACACUAGAAAUUGGGCAGGAGGAUUAACAUUUUGAAGCCAGCUUGAGCAAUAUAUAAAGACUGCUUCUUAAAGCUCUUAGAAGGAACAGUGGGGGUAAUGAACUGGAGUUGUUCAUGUCCAGUCCAUCACUCCUCAAACUGAUGUGUAUGGAAGCCUCUUAGGAGUUUUCCAAUUUUCUCUUUCUCAGACUCCAUUUCUCACUCUUUAAUGAUGGACUUCUGGUUGAUUUUUCUAUCUUGACCUCCUUAUUGAUGGGGUUUUGUUGAGGUGAUUUAUUAGCUCUGAGGUGAGGCAAGAAUCUUCUGUUUCAUCUUCUCCUAGGUGAUGCCAGGGUCAUCGUCUCGCAUUUCAGGGACUUAACAUAAGGCCUUAGUAGAGGAACUACCAACAAGUCAUUGAUGGGUGUUAUUUUUGUAUUUGUUUUUUGAGGCAGAGUUUCUCUGUAGCUCUGGCUGUCCUGUAGUUUGUAGACCAGGCUGGCCUUGAUCUUAGAGACUAGCCUGCCUCUGCUAGGACCAUAAGUGUGUGCUACCACUCCCAGCUUACUAUUAUUUAAAGUCUUAUUUUGUAGCCCUGGCUGGCCUGAGCUCAUUGUGUAUAUACUAUUCUGGCUUCAAAAUCCCAAAUAUCAGCCUGAUCCUGAGUGUUGAUCCUUAGUUAUUUUAUUCAUUCAUUCAUUCGUUUGUUUGUUUUUUAAAGACUAUGGACAAGUUUUAGAACUUGGUUGUGCAGGCUUUGGUUUGCCAUCUAGCAACACAAAACACUGUGGUAAAAGACUUCAGUAGUGCUUGGAAUGCCAAGGAGGGGAUAAGGAAAUAGAUGAGACAAUUUUAAUAGUUUUAGGGGUUGUUAGAAAAUAAGACCACCAAGGCAGAGUCACUGCAUGUUGUUUAGGUGUGGGGUCAGGAGCCAGGCUCAGGAGUUACUGAAGGUGGUCAAGACUUAGAACAGGGAUGUUGACUGGUUAACAGGAAGAUGAGUGCAGGUUGGUUGUUGUUGAGAUCUGUCUUUGACCCUAAAAGAGGCAGAGCAGAAUAAAGCUGACUAAAGGGGAAACAAAUACCCUGUUUCCUUUUCAUGGCAAGUAUUUUUAGUGAUAGGUUGAUAACUACUAUGAGUUCUAUGUACCACCCUCUGCUAAGUGGAUGUUUUACAGGACGGGAAGGUAGGUUUUGUAUAUAAGCAACUCAGAGAUGGAAGGUAAGUAAAGUAUUUUUAGCUAGUGGCCACCAGCCUUCUAAAUGUUUGAAGCGGCCAGGCGGUGAUGGCGCACGCCUUUAAUCCCAGCACUCGGGAGGCAGAGACAGGUGAGUUCGAGACCAGCCUGGUCUACAAGAGCUAGUUUCAAGACAGGCUCCAAAACCACAGAGAAACCCUGUCUCGAAAAAACAAAAAGAAAAAAUGUUUGAAGUGGCAAAACUGAAAUGUGCAUCUUGCCUCCUAAGUACACCUGUACUUUUAUUUUGAUAUGGGUAUAGCCUAGGCUGGAUUUGGACUAGCCCCGUAGCAUAGACUGGCUUUGAACACUGAUCAUUCUGCCUCCAGUUCUGAAGCCCUGAGGUCACAGGCACAAGCCACUCUAUACCAUUGCACAGCUUUAAGUUACUAGAUUAGAAGUAAACAAGAAGUAAAUAAUAAAUUUUAUAUAUACUUUAUAUUGUAUGCAUACUAAAGCAACCCUAAUUCAAAUUUAAAGUGAAGUAGGCUAGGGGUGUGAUUAAGUGGUAGAAUACGUGCUUGAUAUCAUAUACAAUCCUUAGAGCCUAUCUUAGCACCAAAGAAAGAUGAAGAACAGGUAAAGUAGUUCUAUCAUUUACUUUAGCUGGACAUGGUGGCUCAUGCCUUUAAUUCGGACACUCAGGAGGCAGAGGCAGGUGGAUCUCUGUGAGUUCAAGACUAGCCUGAUCUACAGAGCAAUGUCAAGACAGCCAUGGAUACACCGAGAAACCUUGUCUUGAAAAAUUAGUUCAAAGUAUCAUUAGAUUUUGGUCUGUAAGAAAACAGUUUGGGGCUGGAAAUGUCACUCAUCAGUAGAGUUUAUCUAAUGUACACAAGGCUAGGGUUUGAUUAACAAACCCAAGAAAAACAAGGGAAAAGAAGCUCUUUUUUCCUGGGCAAGUGGCAAGCUUAUAAUUGAUUUGGAAAAGAAAGCUUUCUUUCUUUCUUUCUUUCUUUCUUUCUUUCUUUCUUUCUUUCUUUCUUUCUUUCUCUGUCUGUCUGUCUAUAAUAGGCCUCUGUGUCUGUGUACCACAUGAGUUCCUAGUACCCUUGGGUCCUCCGGGAUAGGAGGAUUUUUGGGAGCCAACAUGAGGGUGCAGGGAAUCAAGCUCUGGUCCUUGAAGAGCAGUCAGUGCCUUUUAUUGCUGAACCAUCUCUGCAGUCUGGAAAGCUCUUUUCUAAGUGAUUUAAACGUUUGAAAAUACUUAUUUUUAUUCCUGAGUUCUUAUUUAGUCUUAUAAAGUUCAUUAAAUUGUACCAUCAUAUUCAAGUUCAGUCUUUCUGCAGUUUUAAAGGAUGUAAAAGGUUGCUAAAGGACUUGUUUAUGUGUGAAUGUAUAAAAUAAAGCCAGACUUGCUUGUGUGUGCUUCUGAUCCCAGCUCUAGGGAGGCAGAGACAGAAGGUUAACACAAAUUCAAGGCCACCCAACCUGGGAUAAGCAGUGAACUACUAACUCAAGGAAAACAAACCAGUAACAAAAUAGAAUUACAUAAUAAGCUAAAAAUUCAUCCCUGGCCAGGCGGUGGUGGCACACACCUUUAAUCCCAGGUUAGAGGCCAACCUGGUCUACAGAACGAGUUCCAGGAUAGCCAGGGCUAUGCAGAGAGACCCUGUUUCAGGAAGAAAAAAGAAAGGCCAGCUUGGUCCACAGUGCAAGUUCCAGGACAGACACAGAGAAACUGUCUUGGAAAAAUUAUAAAACAAGAAUAAAAAAUGGUAAGUGAAAAAAGUAAUGACUUUCUUUGCUAUUCUAUCUCGUGAAAAACUGAGUAAAUUAGAAAAUGAUUUAGAAGGGGCUGGAGUCUUAGCUCUAGUUACCUAGCUAGGCAAGAGCUGAACCCUUAAUAUUUGCCAUACAGCCACCUUUCAGUUUACUUUUAAGUUUUUCUAUGUUUAAAACGUUCAUCAGACUCGUGUGUGUGUGUUGGCAGUUGAACCCAAGGUUGUACAUACUAGGCAAACGCUGUAUAUGUAUUAUAUUGCCAGCUCUUGGAAUAGGCCUUACUAUAUAUGGGUCCAUGCAUCAUCCUUCCUAUGCCUCUUUGGUGGUGCUACGUUUACAAAUGUAACCUGGGCCCACAAGGUUGCUUUGGGUUGGGGUAGAUUUCAUGGCUGCUAGAGGAGGACUUCAUAUACAUGGUGUGAAAUAUGACAUUAAUACAGGAUACAUCCAGUCUUUGAAAAGUCAUCUUCCCCCCACAGGACCUUAGGGCUAAAGGUACUUGGCUGGUAAUGUGUUUGCCUACCAUGCAUGAACUCUUGGUUCAGAAUAUAGUACCUUAUACAUUGGACAUGGUAGUGCACAUAUAUAAUACUGAGGAGGCUGAGAUAGAAGGAUCAGAAGUUUAGGGUUUUUCUCAAACACAUAGAGUUUGAGGCUAGCCUAUAUGUAAUUUAUAAGAUUCUUUCUCAGAAGAGGGGGUACAAAAAAGACAUGCAUAACCUAAGCUUGAAUUUAUAUCUUCUGCUUCAUCCUCUGUAGUCCUGGGAUGUUAGAUACAUAGCUGUUCUUUUAGAAACAGCAUUUAUAUUGCAGUGGUACUUUUUAAGAGUGGGGUGUAUGUGUGUGUGUGUGUAGCUAAACAUGGUUCACGUCUAUAAUAUAAACACAGGAAAGUAAAGUCACAGAUUCCAGGCUAUCUUGGGUUUCAUGGUGAUACUUAAAUUUGGUAGCUGAUGCCUUUAAUUUUAGUACUUGGGAGGCAUAAGCAAGUGGAUCUCCCAGAAAUUAGGGCCAGCCUGAUCUGUAUGGUUCUAGGCCAUCCAGAGCUCCAUAAGUAAAACCUGUCUAAAAACAGCUUCGUUUGAUGUCAAUAUACCAUAUUGACAAGCUAUAGUUUGAGGCUAGCUUAGAACUCCGUGGUGAAGUCUUGGCUCAAAAAACCAUGGGCUGAAGAUUUAAUUCAGUGAUAGAGUACCUGUUUAUCAAGUUGAAGGCCCUGUGUGCAACGGUGGUCUUUUUCUUUGAAGUCUUAGCCUUUGCUCAGGACACUGCAGCAGCUCCAGUCACUUGCUUCUCCCUUCUCUACUCCUGAGGAAAAUGGAAUUGCCUUUGAAAAUAACCCCACUUGGACAAGUCUGUUCUUGAUCACAAUUUCCUGGGGGCCCAAAAGCAAGGAGAAAGGGAAGAGGUUGGUAACCAGAUAACCUUUGGGUGGCACUUAGGUGGGAAUUAAUAGCCCUUUUGACUACAGACCUACCUCUAGUUUCAAGCUUCUCCACCCUGGAGUAAUUUCCAGGAACUUGGCAAAAUCUUUAAAAACGAGGUAAGAAUGCCUGUUAAAAGAAGUGAAGGUAAGACAUUUUUCAGCAAGAAGGGUGGUGGGUAAAGGUGGAGCUCUUGACUAGAAUACUUCAAAGGAGUGAAGUGUAGCCUGCAUUAGGAGAUGGAGCGUAUAUUAUGCCAGUUGUGUUCUUAUGUCCUUUCUGUACAGAUCACUAACAAAGUGAGUGUUUCAUUUCUUAGUUGUGGAAGAAUAGGAAGCCUGCCUGGAGGCACAUUUGCAGCAGGUGCUUUGUUUCUAGGUAGCAGAAAGGACUUAAUGAUACUAGGACUUUUCAACAAGGACAGCAUAUCCAGAGGAGACCUUUGCUGUCUUUAGGCUGCAGAUAAGGUUCAAGAAUAGUGUUUGAUCAGUGGCUUGGUCAUUGAGAAGGACCUGGAAGUAUUCAGUGGUAAGUAUUUGCCUAGGAUGUGUGAGGCCCUAGGUUCAAUUCCCAGCAACACAAACACAAAAGAUCAUUGGAAAAUAGGAAGUACAGGAAAGUGAAAUGCUCAGGACUUUUUUUCCUGGCCUGGCUUCUUAUUCUUAUAUCAUCUCAAAUGAUCUUCAUAAACACUCAGUUACUAUUUAAAGUGGCAUUUCAUGUGCUAAGACUUAUGAAAUUGAAGUUUUUAGGGCACAGUUUAUAUCUGAUCAAGUUAGAAGACUUUACGUUUAAUGUGAGCAUCCAUUUUAUCUUGGUGUUAAUAAAGACUAGUAUUUAAGUUUAGUUUUGUUCUUGACUUGGACCCUGAAUUUAGAUCUGAAUCAAAUGAAUUAAGGGGAAGUGUGAGGCUGACCCAACAGCUUUAUUCAAAAUAUAUCUAGAUCUAUCUUUUGUUUUUAAGUCAGAUUUUUGGACCUAUCUCGGAACAUUGAGUAUUGUGUUAAAAUAAUAGUUGCUCAACAACAACAAAAAGACAUGGUACAUGACAUUGGUCGUGACACUCCUGAGGAAUAGACAGGGGAUCCCUAUGAGCUCAAAAGGAGCCAGAGCAAUACAGUGAUACCGUGUCUCAGAAAGUUAAAAAAAAAAAGCGUUGCUCAUAUUUCAAAUUGUUUUAAAGAACUACACACACAAAUGUUUGAAGUGUGGUUAGAUUAUUGUAGCCAAAUGAGAAACAUAACUGCUACCAAUGAGAACAUGAUCUAUGUGGGUCUUAAUUACACUCUUGGGGAACACAAAUAUGAAUAGCCUAGAGUAAUUUCACUUAUGAGAGUUUAUUGGCUCCCUUCUCAGGAUAGUUGAUAUCCUUGAAAUUUCUUUUUACCAGGGCCUCUAUUUUUCUUAGGUUUAUAAACUAGGUAGGAAAACAAAAGCGCUCAAAAUGGUUGUCUUGAACAAGGUACAGACAAAUUGAUUGUGCUUGUCAUUGGAUCUCCUCUGUAUGAGGCUAAGCUUCUUGAGAAAGUGAAACUGUAUUAGGGAAGAUUAACCCUGAUGGUGAAGGUGGUAUGACCCUGUAAACUCCAGGGCCACACUGAAGGGUAAUUAACUUUGAAAGUUAAACCUUGAGGAUGGGGAUGUAGUUCAGUGGGUAGAGUGCUUGCCUAGCAUGCAUGAACCUCUGGGUUUGAACCUGAUCGUUUCAUAGACCCGACAUAGUGGCACCUGCUUUUAAUGCCAGUACUUAGAAGGUUGAGGCAGGAGAUUCAGAAGUUCACAGUGGUCCUUUGCUGCAUAUCAAGUUCAAAGCCAGCGUGGGCUACCUGCGUUACUGAAUCCAAGAAAAAUACCUUGGAAAUUUCUGUUACCUGUUAAGAAAUAAAAUUGAUGAGCUAGGAUGUAGAAGUCUACUACUGCCUAGUUUCUUGACUUACUGUACCUAACUUUCAACCCUGCAACUAACUUUAUUUUUGCCUUCUUUCCAGAUACCGAUUGUAACACAUGUUCCCUGCCACACUGAUAAGCUCUGAGCGUGUCUUUUAUUUGAAAGAAUACUUAUAUGCAUAUUCUGUCUUCGAUGUGAAUAUUCCGUCGAACCUACAGACUAAAACUGAGUUCAGUGAUAAAUGCAGCUUUUUCUCUCACGCCUAUUUAACUUUGAGCUGAGACCAUCUGAAGUGUGACUCACUUUCUUUUUAAAGCUGAGUUCUGCCUUCUUUUUCUUUAUAAAAGUAAACGUAGUCAACAUGAGCUUUGCUGUCAGAAUCUGACUUAACAACUAUGGUUGAUGUGUUUGAUCUUCAGUUAAGAAUUUUUCUGGCAUUAGAUGACCUAUUAAGUCUAAUCUUUUCUAUUUUAAAUUGGCUGGCUUUCCUUCCUAUUUAGUGAAUACCACUUCAUGAUAUCAUACGUUCUUUUGGAAUACCAGCCCGGAAAUGGACCGUAUGUUGAAUGACAGACAUUUUGGAGGUUUGGGGGGGGGUGGAUUCUAAAACCAAAACCCGGCAUGGGAUUCAUUUUCAGUCUUUGUUUUCAUUGGUUCUGGUCAUUAACCGGCAUACUUCUCUGGUCUCUCAAGUAGCUGUAUAUGCUAAUUUUGUUUUGCCUUCCUAGCUGCUAAGAUAGAUAAGUCAUUGCAAAGUGCACAUUUUUAAAUGGUUUCAUCUGAGGAUUGCUUCCGAGCCACUGAUGGAAUGUGCCUUGAGAAGGAAUGUGCCAUUUGGAAUCAGGACCGUCCAGCAAGGAUGACUGCCUGGUCACAUGGUCAGAAUAAUCAAACUCUUAACAGUGUUUCCCUAAAAGCAAGUCUUGACAGCCUUGGGGUUUCAUCCAUUUCUCCUCAUUUCCAUUCCCUAAUAAGUGAUGACCCAGUCCUGUCAUUUCUGAGUAUCUUGGGGAAUUGAAUUGUCAGUAAGUCAGUUUUGGUUUUCAGUUUAUGAUUUUUUAGUAUUCAAAUGCAUUUUUAAAUAUUUUUCCUACAGUUUACUGAGUUUAUUUUCAUGUUUAUUUGUACCUCAGCAGCUGAAUAAGCUGGGUAUAAUGCACACUUGUAACCUCAGCACCUGGGAGCCUAAGGCACAAGAGGUUCAGUAUGAAGCUGGCCUGAGUUGAGCUACACAUUGAACUCUAUCUCAAAUAUUUUAAAGAAGAAAAAUUAGUUGAAUGGAGAUAAACCUUUCAAACUUGAAGCUUACACCAAUGAGAAAGUUAACUUCUUUUCUGGUUUAAGUGGUUUGUACUUAAACCCUAUUCCAAAUCUGACAAACUAAUCAACCACUUAAACGAGUCUACUAGUCCUGACCUCUUCCUCUUAUCAGAUUGUUUUUCCUUUACCCAUUUAGCAAAAUCAUCAAGAGACUUAACUAGUUUAUGUUUGGUCUUCAUGGGAAUCAUAUCGUACCUGGUCUCACUGACUUUUACUAAAAGAAUGCAGAAGCCAGUUGUGGUGGAGUUUACCAACAUCAAUUAACCACUCCUCAGACAGGAGGCUCCAGAGCAGCCUGGGCAGCAGAGAUUUCAUCUUAAAAGGGACAGAAAAUUCCAGCCUAAACUAAGCAAAGAAAGGGACCAGCUGGAGGUGGGGAAGGGACUUGGGUGAGGAAUUUGGGAAGGGAUUGAAUGAAAUAAAUUAUAAUGGUACCAGUGGCUGAAGAUGCUAUAAUAAAACCAUUACUGUGUAUCUUAACCUAGAAAAUUAAGAAGAAAGAAAAUGUCUGCAUAUAGGUCUUGAGCUUGCCAGGGGGCCUUUUAGCGUUAACUUAAAAUUCAUUUCCACAUACAUCAAAGUGUGACUCUUCCCGAUUGAAGUUGUGAGACCUCAAACUAUGCCCCAGUGACUUAAUUUUAUGUCCUUCCCUGUUUACUGUGUCUGACCUUCAAGAUUUCGGGACUGAUGCUGAAGUGGAAGCCAGCCAGUGCAGACGUUUGGGGGAAAUGACAUCUGAAGAAUGCAAAGGGAAGUAGGAAUUCAUGUCUAGCCUUCCCAAACCUGCCUUCCAUACUCGAGUUGAUGGAAUUUUCCAGCUAAGCCUUAUGACUCUGUUUGAUGUUCUUAGGAAAGGUUCCAAGAAGGUGAGUGAACUGUUGUUGUCUUUGAAGAAAGACUGCCUCUGUAUUAGAACCAUAUCUCUACUUCUGUAAAGACAGGAAGCUCCUUCCUGGGCUCCACAGCCCUGCCUCUAUUUGGUAUAUGUCAUGGGACUGUGCAAAGUGUAGAGUAAUUGAGCCUGCAAGUAUUCUACUUGUGCCAGGCAUGGUGGUGCACUGAAGCAAGAGGAUUAAGAGCUCAAGGAGAGGGGCUGGAGUGAUGACGCAGCAGUGAAAAUCACUUCUUACAAAGGAUCCGGAUUCAAUUCCCAGUACCCAUAUGGCAGCUCACAGCCAUUCAUAAUUCCAGCUUCAGGGGUCCAGUGUCCAACUUUGGUGAGCACCAGGCAUGUACAUGGUAUGCAGACAUACAUGCAAGCAAAACAUCCAUACAUAGAAAAGUGAUAUAAAAAAGUUUAGGAAGACCCUGUUGGAAUGAAUAUUCAUUUGUUUUAGUGUUCUUGAUAUAUACAUUUUUAAAUUGUUCAAAGGUUCCACCAGAAUUACAUUUGCCUUUGAUGUGAACAAAUACAAGUAAACUGGGGUUUUUAGUGGUUUCUGUGAACAUUCAUUUAUUAGUUUUGUAGCAAAAUUGCUCAAAAAAAUUACUAGAAAUAAACUGGGCUUUUAACACAUGCCUUUAAUCCCAGCAAUCGGGAGGCAGAGGCAGGUGGGUCUCAGAGUUCCAGGACAGCCAGGUUUGUUAAACAGAGAAACUGUCUCAAAAAUUUAAAAAAAAAAGGAUAAUAAAAAAAUGGCUAGAAAUAAAUGAUUCCAGAUUAUGUAUCUGUGCAGUUUGGAUCCUGCAGACCUUGGAGGUAAACUAGUACAGAGUUUAUGACCUUAAGGAACUCACUCUUAUUCAUAAAGAAGUUUAAGGAAUUAAAAUCUGAUUUAACUGAGGGAGGCCUAAAUUUCUUAUUAGUAUUCCAUGCUAAUAACUAACUAAUAUGCUGACUUGACUGCAUGCAACACAUUAUAAAUGGAAGGUCUAAGGUGUGUUGUAAUCCCAGCACUGAAGAGGCUGAGGCAUGAGCAUCAAGAGUUUGAAGCCAGCCUGAGACAGUCUCUCUCUCUCUCUCUCACACACACACAUACACACAUACACACUCCCUAUUUAUGUGAGUUUAUAUGUGUAACAUUUAUUAGAUCCUUCAUAUUUCGGGUAUUACUCCAAGAGCUUUACAUAUAAUAUUUCAGAAAAGGCAGAGAUGUGCACGGACUGCCUAAGUUUAUAUAACUGACAUAGGACCAAUAUUGAGCUCCAGCAGGUUGACUGCAGAACCUGCAGUCUUUUAUAUUUGGAUGUGAUAAUAUAAAUGUAGUACCUGCGAUGAGUAACCUCAAAACAGCCCAGAUUCUUAGUCAAAUUUGUCUUGGUUUAAAAAAAAUGCCAGUUGUAAUAGCACACUUUUUAAAUCUCAGCACUCAGGAGGCAGAGGCAGGUGAUUCUCUGUAAGUUGAAGGCCAAUCUGGUCUUCAUAGCAAUGUCCAAGCUAGCCAGGGCUGCACAGUGAAACCCUGUCUAAACCACACACACACACACACACACACACACACACACACACACACACACACACACACACACAAAUGGAAAAUAGAAAAAAACAGGAAAAAAUAGUGUUAACGCUGCAGUAGCUUGGUGCUCAGACAUUCAGUCUGCAUGCUAACCUUCCUUUUGCCCGAGAUACAGAAUUGAAAGAUCUGGAACAGAAGGAGCACUUUCUGCUUAGAAUGCAGACGGGGUGGAGGGUGGGGAGGCAGGUUGUUUUCUUUUAGCUGUUAAAUCAUGACAGACUGUGACUGCUGAGACUUUCCCCAGUAUUCUUCUAGAAACAGAGCAGACUGCAGAAGAGAAGCCCAGGUAGGUGAGUGCCCUUGUGUUAUUUGCAGCGCCACUGCGCCUGUCGCUGUUGUGUUGUUCUUCUGUAAAUCUGAUUUUAACUUUAAUAAACUGCUUUCUGAAAGUCA